AUGGUGGUGAUAACAGAAGACCCAGAAGGGUUAAAGGUUCAAAAGAAUGGAGUGGCUGGCAGAGCAGGAGCUGUGGACAUGUCUCUUAUGUCCAUUACCAUGGUGGAAAGAGACGAGGACGAUGGUGAGAGCGAAGGUGGGGAAACUGAUUACAUGCGAAACUAUUGGGAGGAUGAGGACGACGUCUACCAGGAGUUCGAAGAGUUGGACUUUAACUCACUGUCGGAUCCCUCGGACGCGCAGAGCAUUGUUUCAGAUGACUCGUUCUACCCGCCAGAUCAUUCUUUUGCUUCCCACCUGUACCGCUCGCCCAGUCCGGAGAGCCCCGAGCCUAUAUCCUUCUUAAAGGCCUGCUGCAACAACAACGCCAUCAUCGUCAAGAUCAUGAUCAGACAAGGAGUGACAGAGGAGGAAGUCAAGGAGACGGAUAAGAACAAAAGAUCUGGGCUGAUUGUGGCGUGCUACAAGGGUUAUGUGGACGUGGUCAUCGCGCUCUCUCAGUGCCCAUAUGUGGACAUCAACUGGCAAGACAAUGAGGGCAACACUGCGCUCAUGACCGCCGCACAAGCAGGUCACUUUAUGAUCUCCAACUACCUGCUGAACUACUUUCCACGCCUGGACAUAGAGAGGAGGAACUGUCACGGUUUCACGGCCAUGAUGAAGGCUGCUAUGCAAGGCCGAGCAGACACUGUCAGGACACUCAUGUUGGCAGGCGCGGAUGUGGAGGCGCGGGACUAUGGCCGUAAGAUGACUUCUCGGGAGUGGGCUCUCUUCACGGGUCGAUACGAGACAGCCUACCUGAUGGACAGACUGAUGGCUCAGCCCUGCGCGGAGCAGUUCUGUGACUCUUACUGCCUUGAAUGGCCCAUGCUGCAGGAGCUGGUGGCAAAGGCAAAUGCCCCGAAAUCCUUCUGGAAACGUUUCACCAACCUCCGCCUCUGCUGCCCCUUCACGUUCUACUUCAACAGCAAGGUAAACCCCGUGGAUGAUGGUGUCCUGGACCACAUGGUUCGGGUCACCACCAGCCUCUCCAGCCCACUCGUCGCCACAGCCUGCCGCACGGUGAGCCCUGGCAGCCCGCCGUGCAUCGGGAAGCGCCGCUACGCCGUGCAGGAAAUCCUGAAGCGGCAGCGUGUGGAAGAGCUGAGGCGGCUGGGACCAGAGAGGCUCAACAACUACAAGAGACUUUUCCAGAACUCCCGGGUCCUUCUCAUCCCGAAAAAGCCGGCUCGCCGAUCCAGCCUGCAGCCCCAGCUGCUCCGGGAGGUGGCGGCCGUGUCCACGGUGGCCAUGAGACGAGCAAGUCUGCUGCCGUUGAACAUGAUGAGGAGGAGCAGCGUGCGGCCGGGUAUAGUGGUGCCCAAAGUGAGGCUCUGCAAGGCCCCGGUGCCCACCUUCAUACCUGAGAAGAUCUGUGCGAAGAGCGGUGACAACCACCAUCUCAUGAUCCCCAAGUGGAAUUACAAAAUGAAGAAGGAGGAGAGGAGGCAGGAGGAAGACAGGCAGAAGCUGCUCCCGUUGAUAAGAAGGAGGUGA